GGUACAUAAAGCUGGUACUGGGGAGCCGGAUGACAGAUAGUGUACCUGACAGUAUUGGUGUCACAUCCGGUUUGCCCUUCGAGCUUGUUUUGGCGGUAUCCUUGUGUUUUAAACCGCGGUUUUGUUCCCGUUGUUGUUUUCGUCCCUCAACGCGUGGUCAGUCCGUCGACGCUGACCAUAUCUGAUCCGAACCUUCCGACACUCUCCUGACCGAUAUCCGCAUUGACAAUAUGCAUUCUUUCACCGUAUACGCCCUGGGUGCUGCCGUUGUUGCCCUUUUCCUAUACGUACUAUUGGACACCGUCACAAGGUACAACAAGCGAUACAAUGUCCAGAAUAUGCCUGGGCCACGACUGGUGCCAUGGAUUGGCCGCAUUCACGACCUUCCCAUCGACUUCAUGUGGCUGAAGUUCAACGAGUGGGCCGAAACCUAUGGACCUAUCUAUCGAACAAAGAUGUUGGGCGACAACUUUGUCAUCAUCUCGGACGAGAAGAUUGCGGAGGAAAUGCUGGUAAAGAGGGCCAAGCUGUAUUCCGACCGACCAGAGAUCAAGUCAUUGUUCGAUGCGAAGAGCACAUAUGGAUCCAUGGAGUACCUGCCUCUUAUGGGCAAGAACCGUAGGUUGCAUCUCUGCAAUAAUGUGAACAUCACUGACCAGACGAUAGAGUACUGGGCCCGUCAGCGCAAGUUUACACACUCUUACCUCACAGGAGCAACCAAUGCACGGUACUACGGUAUUAUGGAGUUCGAGGCCAAGCGAUGGAUGGCCAGGCUUCUUGAAAAUCCCGAUGACUUCAGUGCCUCGCUUGAGGAUAUGUGCUCCAAGGUCAUGUGUCAAUUGACAUGGGAUGACGACUCAGUCAGCACUGUUCUUACCCCGAGUGCAUGGGGUCUGCUUACCCAAAUGUCUCCCGCUGGCCCCAUUACAAAUGUCUUGACUCCUCUUUGGGACUACUUGCCAGAGGCCAUCAACCCAUGGAAGAUCCGCGAGCGCAAACGCCACGACCAGCAGCAAGAUUUCUUCAUGCAAUGUCUCCAGAAGACGCGGAGCCAGAUGGAAAAGGGCAAGCAGCGAGCCUGCUUCACCAAGUCAUACCUCGAGACUGCCGAGAAGACCAACAUCUCUGGCGACUACGAAGCGUCGUGUGUCAUUGGAAUGAUGGCCCUUGUUGGUAUCUUCACUGUGACUGGACCCAUUUACUACUUCUUAAUCAGCAUGGUUCACCACCCAGAAUGGCAAACCAAGUGCCAGGACGAGAUUGAUCGUGUUUGUGGAAACAAGCCUCCGGCUGUGAGCGAUCUGCCCGACCUGCCCAUCUUGCGCGCGUGCAUCAAGGAGACAAUGAGGUGGAAGCCCACAGUUCCCACUGGCGUUGCGCACGAAGCGGAGGCCGACGAUUGGUUCCAAGGUUACUUCAUCCCCAAGGGCACGCGCAUUCUUCCUCUCGACUAUGCCUUCCUUCGCAACCCGGUCAAGUACCCCAAUCCAGAGGAGUUUCGUCCUGAGCGAUGGCUGGAGCCUGAGUGGCCUACGUUCCAAGCACCAUUGACCAAGUACCCGGAUAUCGUUGGCAUGACGUCCUUUGGGUGGGGCCAGCGCCAAUGUCUGGGCAUGUCCAUUACUCGUGACGAGACAGUGACAGGCUGCGGAGCUGUCAUGUGGGCCUUUAACCUGAGGCGCAAGAUGGACCCUACUACAGGCCAGGAAAUUGAGGUCCCUCUGAACAAGUCCAACUCGCUGCUCAUCAUCAAGCCAGAUCCGUGGGAGAUGGCGUUUGAGCCGAGAAGCGAAGAGCGCAAGCAACAGGUGGUGCAGCUGUGGAAGGAGGCCGAGGCUAAGGACAAGGCGGAGCGCGCCGAGUUUGCGAGGGAAGCUGAGAUGCAACAAGUCCUGCAGCAACCCUAG